AUGAGGCCGGGGCGGGGACGGGGGCGGGGGCGCGCGAGACGCCUGAGCAGGGGCGGUGCUACCGCCGCCGCCGCCGCCCCCGUCCCCGCCGCCGCCGCCGCGCCGCCGUCGUCGCCCGGGAGCCGCGAGCCCGCCACUCUGCGCGGAGCCCACCCGCGCGCGUGCGCGUCCUCGCCGCAGGGCGAGGGGCGGGGGCGGGGGUCUCGGGGCUCCCUCUUGUGCCCUGUGUCUCGGGCCCACUGCGCAGGCGCCCCGCGCCCCGCGCCCAGCGGGCUGGGACUCUCCAUCCCGCGGGGGGACAUUCACUGCGUUGUGACUCUGGCCACCCUUCUGUCCACGUGUGCCUUUGAGGCAGACGCGGCUGUUUCUCCUCAUCCUCACCCUCGCCACCGGGUUGCAGGAAGCACAAACGCAGUCCUUUUACACGCAGGACAGAUGGCGGGGUUCUUCGCCUUGCCAGGCAGCUUGACACAGCCCACAACUGACCACCUUUCUCGAACCCCUGUUGACGUCUUACCCAACCUCGGCCCCUCCAAACUCUGCUGGUCUCAGGUAAGGAGGAUCACAGCAACUCACUUUUCCAGUGACAUAAUCCACUCAUCAAGGGGAAACGGAAUGGAAAGGCAGGAAAGGCCCAGUCCUUCUUCCGCCCUCCUGUUCUCUUCAGGCCUCAAGGGACUGGAUGAUGUCCUCCUCACACUGAAAGGCAGACUGCUUUGCUGAGUCCACGGACACAAGUGUUCACUUCACCUGGAAACAGCCUUAGAGAAACACCAGAAAUGAUGCUUCGCCAUGUAUUUGGAUGCUGCGAGAUCCAGUCAAGUUGGCACAUACUGGGUUCUAGGCCAAUACUGACCUGGUGGUUUUCUAAGCUCAUUGGCUUUGACUCUGAGUCUCCUCUGCUGGCUCUCCUUUCCUUGUGACCUCUUGACACAAGCCUCAGAACCGAAUCCUUGGUCCCCUUGUCUUCUCUGCCUGCACUCCUUCCCUUGAUGACCCCAUCCAGUGCUGUGCAUUCUACACCAUCUCUGCCCUUCUGUGUCCCCUCUUUAGAUGUCCAACUUAGACUCCAGAGUGAGCUGUCUCCUUGGCAAGUCCACCUGGGUGUCAAAUAGACACUAGAUUUUUAACUGUAUCAAGUUAAUCUACUCACUCAAUCUACUUUUGUUUUUCCUCAUCUCAUUUCCCAUUAACCUUAUCCUUCUAGAUGCUCCCUUAAAAACAUUGGGGCCUGUCUUGCGAGUAAAUCCAUUCAGAAAUCCUUUUGCUUCCAUGGUCUAAGUCCACUGAGAACAUGAACAAUUUUGCCUCCUCCAUUGCUACCACUUGAUUCUAAGCCACUACAGUAUGUCCUCUGGAUGAUUGUAAUAACAUCAAAGUAUUUACAUGAACUACAAGUUUUUCCAUGAUCCUUUGUUGUGUGAUUUCUCUAAAAUCCAACUAUACUACCACUAGAUCCCUCCACACUUUCUUUAAACAUAGUAGGCAUAUUUUGAACUGAAGGGUCUUGUGCUAGAUGUUCUCCGUGUUGGAAACAGUCUUCCUCCACAUAUUAAAUGGCUCAUUCCAUCAACUCCUUCAAGUCUUUACUCAAAGAUCACUUUCUGUGGGAGGCCUGUCCUGACCAUUUACAACACUUCUGAUUCCUCAGCAUUCCAGAUCUUUCUUAACUUGUUAUAAUUGUUUCCGUGGCAGUAUAAUCUUCUUACAGUGUAAGUUGAUAAUUUAUUUAUUAUUUUUACAGCUAACCCCAAAUAUGAGUUCCAUGAGGGCAGAGAAAUAUCUGUUUUGUCUACUAUAGUAUAUUCAGGGACAGAAGUAGUUCAUGGCUGAUAGCUGUUAGUCGUUAAAUAUUUGGUCCAUUUUACAAAUAGACUGAAAGUCCCAAGUAUGUGGGUUGUAGACACAGAGAAGUUGAGCUCAGGGAUGUGUUCGAGGGUUCAAAUCCUUUCCCUCUCUUUUCCCAGCCACCUCCGUGUCCUCAUCACACUGGUCCCUAGAUGUCUGUCCCAGUCCCAAGGCUCAUAUCUGGGAAUGGUAAUAUUUAGACAGAAAGGGAAAAUGUUUCAGUGUCCCUUUUCAAAGAGAAAGAAAAGUGUGAUGUAAUACUUUCCAGAAGAUAUCCACCCCCAUCCACCCCAUCAUGGGGGGGGGGGUCUGAAUCUGAUCACAUGACCAAUCCGAAAUCAGUACUUCUCAAGUGUGUGGGAUUUACCGUGAUUGGCUUAGAUGAAUAUGAGGUGAUGAGGAGUCCCCACAAGCACAUCAGUGCCCUGGUGUGUUAAGAUGUAAAUGUGUGUGUGUGCCUGAUAGGGGGCUGACUUCUGGUACCUAAUUGUUGCAGAGUGAAAAGAAACAGAUUAUGGUAAUUUGGGAGGCAGAAUAUGGGGGAAGACUUGACAUCUUGCAGAGAUCUCCUUGCCUGUUAAUGGCAUUUGGCCAGCAUCUCCCAGUGUGUCCUUCUCAUAUGAAGUAAUACUUUGACAAAGGGACCAGAAAUACUGUCACCUAGUAGAGACAGUUUUACCCACACUGUGCUUAGAUGGGCAUUAACAGUAUUUUAUUUCAUGGAAGACCAACCCACCGCUUCUGAUGGAUAACAUCUUCUUCAUGUAACCAUGUUAAUUCCUUUAUUCCAAUCUCAGUGUUUCAUUGUCCUGGGGCUUCCUAUUCUCUUGUUGGUUUUAGUUAUGAAAUAAUGUAUACCUGCAUACAAAAGUGCAUACACAUAUACAGAGAGAUGAAUAAGGAACAAUUAUAUGGUGAAAACUUAUGUAACCACCACCCAAAACAAAGAAAUCAACCUUAAAACCCCAGAGCCCCUGAUGCUCUCUCUACUCCUUGUCCACAACUGUGUGUCUCAGCAGAGAAAGCUGCCAACCUGACUGAUGUCCACUGUCUCUUCCUUGAUGCUCGUUAUACCUUCACCUGCCACCUAUGAAUAUGACUCUAAUCCAGCUAGUGUCUUCCUUCUUCCUUCCUCCCUCCCUUCCUUCCCACCACCUCUCUCUCUCCCUCC